CCACCCCUCCCAGUAACCCUGGACAUGUCCAGAUGUAUACCAAAAAAAAGUCAACACUGAGUGGGCCCCUUAUCCCUGACCAUACCAUUGUAAUGUGUUGCAUGGAUAAUCUAGCCUGGGCUCCAAACUCUAACCGAAAUUGUGACCCCCUGCGCCCGUGUGGGACAGGAACGCCUACGUGUGGACUCAUCCUUCUUCUCCGUGAUGAUGGUGAUUGUGGAAGCCGACCUUGGUUCUGCUGCGUUUAACCGUGGGCUGCCACGCAGUGUGUGAAGUGGUCUCCAGGAGAAGGAGAACAAGAUUGCGGUUGGCAGCGGCUCACAGACCAUUUCCAUUUUGUUACUUCGAGAAGGAGAAUGAUUGUGUGGAUCAGCAAACACAUCAAGAAGUCCAUUCGUUCCACCAUCCUGAGCCUGGCCUGGCACCCCAACAACGUUUUCUGCUGGCAGCCGGUGGAUGUGACUUCCAGUGCAGAGUUUUCUCAGCAUAUGUGAAGGAAAUUGAAGACAAGCCCAGCCCAACAUUUUGGGGGACGAAGAUGCCAUUUGGGGAGCUUCUGUUUGAGAGAGGCAAAAGCGGAGGUUGGGUGCACGGCGUAUGCUUCUCUCCCAGUGGUCAGUAUCUGGCCUGGGUGGACCACAACAGCUGCAUCAAUGUGGCCGACUCGACCCAAGACAAAAUAGUCAGCGAGCUGCGGACAGACAAGCUUCCCUUCCUGUCGCUUCUAUUUGUGAAUGAGACCCGGCUGGUGGCUGCUGGCCAUGACUGUGCCCCCUAUCUCUUCUCCUACUCUGGACCUGAAAACAUCCAGUUAGUCAGCAGGAUUGAUGCUCAGAAGCAGUCCUCAAAAUUGGCCGUGUCGGCCAUGCAGCAUUUCCGCAAUUUGGACAAGAAGGCCGUCCAAGAGGAUGAUGGCUUAGACACCAACACCUUGCACCAAAACAGCAUCAGCCAGCUCCUGGCCCUGGACCGAGAAGGGGAUGACAGUUUCUCCUUCAGCAGCAGCGGAAUGGAUGGAUCUCUAGUGAUUUGGGCCAUGAAGGUUGUACCCAGUUUCCUGUGA